AUACGCUGUCAGUGCCUCGCUGGUCCCCGCAGAUCCCCCGUCGAGAUCUAGGAAACUCGAUAAAACACAGGUUUUCCACCAAGUACUGGAUGUCUCAGACCUGCACCGUCUGCGGGAAAGGAAUGUUGUUCGGCUUAAAAUGCAAAAACUGCAAGCUCAAGUGCCACAACAAAUGCACCAAAGAGGCCCCUCCGUGUCACCUCCUGAUCAUCCACCGCGGAGAUCCAGCGAGGUUAGUGCGGACAGAGUCGGUGCCCUGCGAUAUCAACAACCCCUUGCGGAAACCCCCCAGGUAUUCGGACCUGCACGUCAGCCAGACGCUCCCCAAGACCAACAAAGGCCCGGCCGGCCCCGAACUCCCCCCCGACCACAUCCCAGUGCCCUACCAGCCAGAUUCCAGCAGCAACCCCUCUUCCACCACCUCCUCCACCCCCUCCUCGCCGGCCCCACCACUGCCGCCCAGCGCGACGCCCCCGUCCCCCCUGCACCCCUCCCCGCAGUGCCCGCGCCAGCAGAAGCAGUUCAACUUGCCAGCUUCCCAUUACUACAAGUACAAGCAGCAGUUCAUUUUCCCAGACGUGGUACCCGAGACGCCCACCCGAGCCCCACAAGUGGUCCUCCACCCCGUCAACUCCAACCCCAUCCUGGAAGGAAACCCAUUGCUUCAAAUUGAAGUGGAGCCCACCUCGGAGAACGAGGAAGGCACCGAGGAGGCGCAGGAGUCCGAGGACGAUUUCGAAGAGAUGAACCUCUCGCUCCUCUCCGCACGCAACUUCCCCCGCAAGGCCAGCCAGACCAGCAUCUUCCUCCAGGAGUGGGACAUCCCCUUCGAGCAGCUGGAGAUUGGCGAGCUCAUCGGCAAGGGCCGCUUCGGGCAGGUCUUUCACGGGCGCUGGCACGGGGAGGUGGCCAUCCGCCUCAUCGACAUCGAGCGGGACAACGAGGACCAGCUGAAGGCCUUCAAGAGGGAGGUGAUGGCGUACCGACAGACCCGGCACGAGAACGUGGUCCUCUUCAUGGGCGCCUGCAUGAGCCCUCCCCACCUCGCCAUCAUCACCAGGUAA